AUGGUCACUUCAAUGGCCCUUACAGCUACCUCUGGCUCUCCUAUGGCUGAUCCCACACUCUAUUGGUCUAUUGUUGGCGUGUUUCAAUAUGUUACAUUGACCGGACCAGAUGUGGCCUUUGCAGUGAAUAAGGCCUACCAAUAUAUGCACGCCCCAACUGAGAAUCAUUGGAUGUUGGUCAAGCAGAUUCUUCGCUAUCUCAAGGGCACCCAGUCCCAUGGUCUAUUGAUAGAUCACCACUCUGAUCUCCGGUUACAAGCCUUCAGUGAUGCUGAUUGGGCUGGCUGUGGUGAUGACAGGAAAUCGACCGGUGGAUUUGCAAUCUUUCUUGGUACCAACCUCAUCUGA